UGGGCGGCGCAGCUGCUCGGCGACCUGGAAGCGGCUCCGGCGAAGACUUCCUGGCGCAGGAAAGGCUGCCAUGGCUCGGCCCCGAAGGUUGUAGCUGGGAGGACUUGCCGCUUUCGCUGAAGAAGAUGCCGUCCAGAACGAAUUUGGCUGCUUCCAUCCCCAACAGCAAAGUAAAGUAUUCGAAGCUCGCUUGCACGGAUGAAGGAUACAUUGACCUGCAGUUCAAGAAGAGCCCCCCGAAAGUCCCCUACAAGGCGAUUGCGCUGGCCACGGUGCUGUUCCUGAUUGGGACCCUCCUCAUCAUCAUCGGCGCACUGCUCCUUGCCGGGUACAUUAGCCAAGGGGGAACCGAUCGCGCAGUUCCUGUCUUGAUCAUCGGAAUCCUGGUUUUCCUUCCGGGCUUCUAUCACUUGAGAAUCGCCUACUUCGCUUCCAAAGGCUACCGGGGCUACUCCUAUGACGAUAUCCCGGAUUUCGACGACUAGAAGGCUCCGAAAGGCCACGGCGCCAGAGAGAUGAUGC